UAUCAAGUCAAACAAGAUGGAAAGCUCCAAAAUUUGCCGGAAACGAAUCUAAAAGAAACACAAAACCCGGAUUCGGAUAGCUUUGAAGUUUGAACUCAUCAACAGAAGCAAAUCUCAUCCAACAAAUUUUGGCCUAUAAAACCUGACUUUAGGAACCAACCUUCAGCAACUAAAAAAAAUGGACCUAAAGGUUGAAAAUGGAUGUAUUAAAGAAGAUAAAGGACUGGGAUGGGGCAAAUCUUUGCCAGUCCAAAGUGUUCAAGAAAUAGUGAGGAAUGGGUAUCUGUCAGUCCCUGAAAGAUACAUUCAAGAAAUCAAGGACAGGCCAUCCUCCAUUUCUUCUGAGAGCCUUCAAGCCUCACUUCAAAUCCCAAUCAUAGAUUUCUCAUUGUUAGCCAAAGGUGAUGAACAUGAAACAAGGAAACUAGAUCUUGCUUGCAAGGAAUGGGGAUUCUUUCAGAUAAGGAAUCAUGGUGUGCAAGUGAAGAUCCUGCAGAAGAUGAAGGCAGCAAUGGCGGCUUUCUUUGAGUUGCCAUUAAUGGAGAAAAAGAAGUUUGCAAUGGGUGCAAAUGAUCUUGAAGGAUACGGACAAGCCUAUGUAGUUUCAGAGGAACAAAAGCUUGAUUGGUGUGACCUCGUUGCAUUAAAGACUCUUCCUCUUGAACAGAGGAAUUUAAACUUUUGGCCACUCAAUUUACCUGGUUUCAAAGAGGCAGUGGAAGAGUACUCGAUAGAAGUACAAAAGGUAGCUGAGGAAAUCAAUGCAAACUUAUCCAUACUGAUGGGGAUGGAAAGAGAUGGAUUGAAAAGGUAUCAAGGGGAGCUGAAACAACUAAUGAGAAUGAACUAUUAUCCGCCAUGUUCAAGUCCUGAACUUGUGGUUGGUGUUAGCCCUCAUUCUGAUGGAGGCUCACUAACUGUGCUUCUGCAAGAUGAUGAUAUCAUUGGCCUCCAAAUUAAGCACAAGGGAGAGUGGAUCCCUGUUAAACCAAUUCCUAAUGCUCUUGUGGUCAACAUCGGUGAUGCUAUCGAGAUUAUGAGCAAUGGAGUGUACAAAAGCAUAGAACACCGAGCUAUUACAAACGAGAAGAAAGCAAGGAUUUCAGCGGCGGCAUUCGCAUAUGUAGAUGAUGAACUGGAAAUCGGCCCACUUGAUUCAAUGGUGGAUGAUCCCCAUCGUCCUCCAAUGUAUAAGAAGAUUAAGUAUAUUGACUAUAUCAGGCAAGUUUUGGCUCGCAAAAUGGACGGCAAAGCUCACACUGAUCUAGUGAAGAUACAAACCUGAGUGACGCCACUACUGCACCUCAGAGUAACUGCUCAUAUAUGUAUAUUGUAUUUGAGGUAAUUUAACAAUUUCAAUUUUUUAGGGUAGAUUUAAUUAUUAAGGUUUUAUAAUUUACAAGAAUUAAUAGUUUGCAAAAAUAGGAAACAUUGUAUUUUGUUUUAGUAAUCCUAGUAACUUUCAUAAACUUUAAAAUAAAAUAUGUAAAUUUACAAGCAUUUUGAAAAGUUUGGCAUCAAAAAUUUCACCAUUAUUGUUUUGCA